GUUGCUGAUCUACGGCUCCAUAAACUGGAUGAAUUGGACUGUUUGAUCCAGGGCCUCCUUUACGUUGAUUCUGUUGGUUUCAAUGGCCAACCAGAGUGCUAUUAUUUUGAAAAUCCUACAGAUCCUGAACAGUGCCAGAAAAAGCCUUACUGCCUUGAUAAUCCAUAUCCUAUGCUGCUGGUUAACAUAGGCUCAGGGGUUAGCAUCCUAGCUGUAUAUUCUAAGGACAAUUAUAAGAGAGUUACAGGAUCCAGUCUUGGAGGAGGAACAUUCCUGGGCCUGUGCUGUCUGCUCACUGGCUGCGAGACAUUUGAAGAAGCGCUAGAAAUGGCUGCAAAAGGAGACAGCACCAAUGUGGAUAAGCUGGUGAAAGAUAUUUAUGGAGGAGACUAUGAGCGGUUUGGCCUUCAAGGGUCAGCGGUAGCGUCAAGCUUUGGUCAUAUGAUGAGUAAAGAAAAGAGAGAUUCCAUCCGUAAAGAGGACUUGGCCAGAGCUACUUUGGUCACGAUCACCAACAACAUAGGUUCUAUUGCUCGCAUGUGUGCAUUGAAUGAGAACAUCGACAAGGUGGUAUUUGUUGGCAACUUUCUCAGAAUUAAUAUGAUUUCUAUGAAGGUGCUAGCAUAUGCUAUGGAUUAUUGGUCCAAUGGUCAGCUGAAAGCUCUGUUUUUAGAACAUGAGGGUUAUUUUGGAGCUGUUGGAGCUCUUCUAGAAUUGCUUAAAAUGACAGAUGAUCAGUGAUGAAGCUGUCUGAAGAGAUUCCUUCGCAGAUGCUGCUGGAUAAGAGUGAAAGCCACUACAAGAAUGGAAAUAAAGCCAUUAUGGUAGUUCUACCUGCUGGAUUUGUAAAUAAUUUAAAAUCCUUUUAGCUGAUCUUUAACUUCUGGGUUUUGACCUUAUACUUCAGAAUUCAUACUGGGAAUUAUGAGGUUCUUUUUCUGUACACUGUAUUUUUUAGGGGAAAAAUGUGCAAAGUGGCCAAACACACAGAUUUUAUGGAUUUAUUUUAAAAAACAGAUACUGUUUAAUAUAGGACCUGUGAUAUGAGGCAUCUGCUUUUCUUCUGGGGUUUACUGAUUAGUGUGGUAAUUUUAACUUCAUUUAGUAAUCACUCUAGGAGAUUUUUUUAUCUUAUUUUCAUGACGUUUCAUGAUUUGUUCUUGGUUUCAAAUGAAACUACCAAGCUGAUGCAUUUUACUGUGAAAACUAAUCAUUGAUUUUGUUGCCUUUCCUUUCCUCAUUAGAUGAGACACUUCUUUAUUUAACAUCCCCUUGCCCCCUGCAAAAAAUAGAU